AUGCUUGUUUUGAAAAAUUCCUGUAUUAAAAGACAAAUAGUUAAUGGUGUUGUGAUUAGAACAUUUGCCACCAAUGAGUCAUCUACAUCUAAAAAAUCAGCUUUUCAGAGGACUCCACUUUCUGAUGAUGAAAGAAAAAAAUUAAUUCAAAAAAUUUUACGUGUUAAUCAUAUGGGAGAACUUGCUGCUGAUAGAAUUUAUGCCGGUCAAUUGGCUGUUCUUGGCGGUAGUUCUGUUUCUUCUGUAAUUGAACACAUGUGGAGAGAUGAAAAACAUCAUCUUGAUACAUUUGAAAGACUUCUUGAAAAAAAAAAUUUUAAUGCAACAGUAUUUGCUCCAGUCCUCAAUUUAGUGGCAUAUGGUUUAGGAGCUGGUACUGCAAUGAUCUCUAAGGAGGCUGCAAUGGCCUGUACGAUAGCAGUAGAAGAUUUAAUUGUAAAACACUACAAUGAUCAAAUAAAAGAAUUAGUGGCUGAUGAUCCAGUUUUACAUGCUGAUUUAUUAAAAAUAAUAUCAAAAUUUCGAGAUGAAGAAUUAGAACACCAUGAUACUGGAAUUCAACAUGAUGGAUUAAAAGCACCAGGAUAUGAUUUAUUAAAAGGAAUUGUACAAAACGGAUGCAAAGCAGCAAUUUGGCUAUCAGAAAAAAUAUAA